AUGGCCACAAGCAGCAACAAGGCCACCAAGGUGCAGGCAAACCGCCUACCAGCACCAGCACUCUUCGUUGGGCCGCCAUCGCACAAUGCCUCCAAUACUUCCCUGCUAUCGCCUAGCACAGAAACGAGAAGCCCCACCAAAACCCCCCUCGUCCGCCAGCGCUCCCUCCUCCUGCCAGAUGCAAAGCGGCCGCUCCCGCCCACAACGGACACGUACGAUGGCGACCAUCUCAGCCUCAUCAACUCGAACUCUACCGGCACGGCUCCUUUUGUCAGGCGCCAGCGCCAGCAGAACCAGGCAGCCGAUGCGGAGGCGUCGUCCCGAGCUGAAGCCAUAUGGGCGGAGAUGCAGAACACGUUGGAGGAAGUAGAGCUGAGCGCUAUCAGAGGGCCGGGGAUGACGGUGUUUGGGUCUGAGCAUUCGCGCGCAUUGGACGAAUUGCGCAGAGCUCAGAUUGAACUCGCGAAAGCGUGGGCUCGCUCGGAAGAUGACGGGUCGUCGGCCGAGCAGCCGCGCAAGGUGUCUGAUGUCGGGUCGAUGGCACCGCCGAGUAAGAUGAGCAGGCUGCGUGAUGGAUCGAAUCCUGUCAAGGAGGACAAACUGUCCGACAAGAUCAAGUUGGAGAAGGAGACGGAGAAGGACAUUGAGCUAAGCAGGAAGCGGAGAGAAGAGAACGACCGCUACUUUGAGAAGGUGAACAAGGGUGUGCAAGAGGUGGUCGUUCGGCUGGAAGAAGUGGCCAAGGCAAUGAGGGGAGUGGAGAAUGAGAGUAACGAGAUCUGGGGUCGUAGUGACGAGGGGACUGGCGAAACUGCAAGUGUGAAGACUGCCCCGAGCAUCACAUGA